GUGUAAUUAUCAUCUUGUUAAUAUAACAGUCGAUCGGAAUUCCUAAUGUGUGCAAGUCACCGAAUAUAAUUUUUUCAACGUAAUAGCAAAUACUUUUACGCAAAAUCUACAAUUAGAUGAUUCUUCAUCUCGCUCCGUGUACUUGCAUGAAAAUUCAUCAAGAUGAAUCUGCAACACAGAAAUAUUCAUGAAUUCUCGAAUGUAGAUAAUGAAACAUUUUCCAAGAAUAGUGAAGGAAUUCACAAAUUAAAUAAUGAUUGUAUAAGAUCUAUUUUCCAAUACCUAUCCAUUGUGGACAGAAUAAGGAUAGAGAGAGUAUGUAAAAGAUGGCAAAUAAUUAGCCGAACAUCGUGGUACGAUAUAAAAGACUUAAAUUUUGAUAAUGAACUUUGGGGAUUCAAAAAAUCUAGCUUUAUAGAGAAAAUUAAUUAUCGAAUAUUUAAGAAGGUAUUGAACCGGUGCGGUCAGUUCCUUAUUAGUAUUGAGUUUUAUGAUUAUAAUAGUAGAUUGGGCCCAAAUGUAUUGAAUAUAGUUGCAAGAUUCUGCCCAAAUUUACAAUAUCUUUAUGCUUCUGACCUAACGGUUUCGCCGUGGAGCAUAAAAAAUCUAGCCAAUAGCUGUUGCAAGAUUAGAUUAUUUUCUAUUGGAAAUUGUACGGAUAAGUGCGACAAAGAGCUGUCAGCAUUAUUUAAAAGAAAUGCAGAUCUUAAUCAACUAAACGUGUAUUGGAAUAAUAAAAUAACUGGAAAAUGUUUGUCAAAAUUGAAUAGUGAAUCGAUUGAAACAAUUAUUUUCUUUGAUUGCCCAUCCAUAUUACUACGUCAUUUCAACGUAGUUAAAAACUUUCAAAACCUCAAGGUUCUAGUAAUGGAUCAUUUUCAUGAUUCAUAUAGUUUUUUUAAUAAUAAUAAUACCAUGGAUAAUAUUGGAUCAUGUUCUGAAAAAUUAAGGAUCUUAACAUUAUCUUCGUGUCCACUUUAUACUACUUCAUUAGAUAAAAUAGCAAAUUUAACAAGUCUCGAGUGUUUGGAUCUUUCUUGUAAUGAUUCGGUUGAUGACGACGUAUUAAUAAUGAUCGGCGCCAAUUGUAAGCUUUUAAAAACCGUUGACCUUAGCGAUUGUAAUGCAGUAACGAAUAUGGGUUUGUCACAUAUUGUGUCACUUCCAUUACUUAAGUCUUUAUUGAUUGAAUACUUGAACAACAUAUCGGAUGAAGUUUUCACUCGUAUGCCAAACUUAAUACACAUGGAUUGCAGCUAUUGUUCAAAUGUAAGAAAUACUGGGCUUGCAACGCUUAUCGAACUUUCCGAAAAUAUUGAAUAUUUGAAUCUGAGUAAUUGUAAAAAUAUUUCCAAUGAAUUACUCGAAGCAGCCGUAAUAUCUACUAAAAAACGAAAAAACAAUACUGUUUUAAAAAUGUAUUUGGGUCAAACUGAUAUAGACAUCAGUAAAGUGCGAAAUACUUCGCCAUAUCUGAAACUAUUUCCAAUGAUCGUUGUGCAAUUAGUUGAUUAAUUUAAAGUUUUAGAUAAUAUAUGUUUAUAAAAAAUACGAUUAUUUA